GGACAGUCUCUGUCACCAGCCUUCUCUUAACCAGUUCUCAAAAGGAAACCAAGAGGGAAUCCCCAUCUCUGCUUAAGGUUUAGUUUCUAUCAGCAGGAACUUUCCACUUUCACUUUCUACUUCCAGAUUCCACUCUCCUAUUGCAAGGAGACUUCUGCAGAUUACAUCAUCUGUUGCUUAUAAAGCCUUGUCCUGAGUUUCAUUAGGAGAAUACCUACAGACAGACCACCAGAUCUCUGAAAAGCCCACUCCACUAAAAAACUGCAGAACUGCAUCCUCAUUCACAGCAACCAUGAGUGAGAAUGCACAUGAUCAUGGGAUCCAGGACAAGCUGUGGCAGUUGAGAUGUCACUUCACGUGGGGGCUGGAAAUUGAAGACAAUGCAAUACCGGAUUUAGAAAGCAGGGUCAUGGAAGAGAUUGAGUUCCUAGACACCAGAUACAAUGUGGGGAUUCACAACUUCCUGGCCUAUGUGAAGCACCUGAAAGGCCAGGAUGAGGAGGCCCUGCAGAGCUUGAGAGAAGCUGAAGACUUGGUCCAGAGAGAACAUGCAGACCAGGCGGACCUGAGGAGCCUGGUGACUUGGGGCAACUGUGCCUGGGUGUAUUACCACAUGGGCAGAUUGGCAGAAGCCCAGACUUACCUGAACAAGGUGGAGGACACUUGCAAGAAGUUCGCAAGUCCCUCCCACUACCAGCUGGAGUUUCCUGAAAUGGAUUGUGAGGAAGGAUGGGCCUUGCUGAAGUGUGGAGGGCAGUAUUAUGAGCGGGCCAAGGCCUGCUUUGAAAGGGCUCUGAGAGUGGAGCCUGAAAAUCCUGAAUUCAGCCUGGGGUUCGCCAUCUCCUCCUUCCGAGGAGAUUAUGAUAAUGAAAACGUAAUUUCUCUAGAGCCCCUGAGGAGAGCUGUCAGCUUAAACCCAGAAGAUGCAUAUGUUAAGGUUCUCCUUGCCCUGAAGCUUCAGGAUGUAGGACAGGAAAAAGAGGGAGAAAGCUACAUUGAGGAAGCUCUGAACAGCACAUCCUCCCAGCCCUAUGUGUUUCAAUAUGCAAGCAAAUUUUACCGAAAAAAGGGCUGUGUGGAUAAAGCUAUUGAGCUCCUUAAGAAAGCCUUAGAGGCAAGACCCGACUCUGGCUACCUGCAUCACCAGUUAGGGCUUUGCUACAGGGCAAAACUGUUUCAAGUAAAGAAUGCAAGAAAUACGAACUCUAGAAGGCAGAUAAGAGAAAAUGUGGACAGAUGGGUUCAAUUGGCUAUAAAAGAAUUCCAAGAGACUCUAAGACUAAGGCCAAGAUUUGAGAUGGCUUAUGUUCACAUGGCUGAAAUGUAUGCAGAAAGAGGCCAGUGCAGAUUGGCAGAGGAAAAUUUUCAGAAAGCAUUAUGCAUGGAUAACCUUGCUGACCACAUACAGCAAGACAUUCAUUUCCGCUAUGGCCGUUUCCUACAAUUUCACAUGAGAUCUGAACACAAAGCAAUCACCCACUACUUAAAAGGUCUAAAGAUACCAGAAAUGUCCUUUGCCAGGAAAAAACUUACAAGUGCCUUAGAAAAACUGGCUCAAAGGCGGGUGAACCAGAAUGUGAGUGUUGUGGAGAGUGUCAGCCUCCAGGGGCUCAGCCAUGAAUUACAAGGGGAAGUGAAGGAGGCCCUGCUGUGCUAUGAGAGGGCUCUGAGGCUCACUGAUCAGCUGAACCCUGUGUUUUGAGGAAGGGGCCCCACCUCCCACUUCAUCUACUCACAACUAAAUAGAACAACAAGCUUCCCUGCUUGCUGCCUCCCAAAAUGUAUAACUGACAAAAUAAAAAAGUAGAUGGGACAGCACAUGCCCUCUCCCUGCCUGCCUGCCCCUGCCUUCUCCCUGCUGCCUUAGUGCCUAGGCCAGUCAGCCACAUGACCAGCCCGAGCUUCAUAAAAGAAGGUUCCAUGCACAAGAAAUUGCUUGUGAGUUUUAAUUAAAGAAACAGACUCUCAUUACCUUUAAACCCCAGCUCCGAGAUGGCUUCUCCUAGCUCCUGCCUCCAGCCUCCUAAUGUGGUGGCAAGUUUUACAGAAUAGACUAGUGAGAGAGAGAGAGCGCAAGCCAGGGAGUGAACUUUUAUUGGGGAACAAAAAAUUCAAGGGAAAAUCCCAUCCAAUGAAGGUUAAGGGGGGCAGCAUCCCAAGGACAGGGCCAGCGAUUGGGUCUUCAGGUCGGUGGCCAGGCAAGCCUCUGCACGGACAAGCCCUCAUAUGGGAAAUAGUAUGGGAUGGCUUUAACACCGCUGUGUCCAAGCACCCCUCACCCAGCCAGGGAGGUACCUCAAAUCACAUGCGAGGAUAGCCUCCACAGGCCAGGAGCAUCCAUCCUCUCUCCUGGCAUCCCUGCAUUCAUUGGCCCUGGAUGAAAAUCCUGUUUGACACCCAGCAGCUGCUGGAUCCACCAGGAUCCUUUUCCUAAUGACUGUGCCUUGGAAAUGAACUGCUUCCUCCUUCAGUGAGGCUGUUGUCCUGGACCAAGAAGAAUUCAGCAGAAAGGGGUUCUUUUUUAUGUGGCCAGAUACCCUGAGGCACUUCAAAAUCCAAGAGCAAGACAACUUUUCCUCCUCUAAAAUCAUUCCUGUCAAGUCUUUUGGUUACAGCAAUGAAAAAAGCUGAUGAAAACGCAUCUCUGGAAAUUUGUUCAAGCUAACAAGACUUUUGAUGUUUUAGGGAAACAAAAAGAAGAAGAAAAACAAAUCUUGUGUGAAAGGUGCCAGUUGAAAAUGACAUAAAGAGGUUUCUAUAGUUUUUAGGUGGUGUGUGAUAUACGCUUCGUUUUUCAUCUGCCCUGAAAUGUUCAUUAAAA